CACACUCAAUUGAAGAGGCAGUUGCUCGUGUUAACUUCAGCCUUUAGCUUUUGCUCCACCCAACUUUCGAUAUGGCUGACAACGAGGAGAGCGCCGUGAGCGCAGCUGGCGAGGAUAUCCGUGACGAAGACGUUCUUGAGGUCAUUGAUGUCGAAGACGGUACGCACCACAGCUGCUUGCCUUGCUUGAUCAUGGGACUUCUCUGUUCAUGCUCCAGUCACAGGCCGAGUGAGAGCUGAGCAGCCAGGAAUGUAUGGGGCGAGUGCCACCUCAUGUGAGCUGACAUCAUGUCGCCGCUCGACGCUCAGGCGAGGCCCCGAUCGACGACGAUGAGGAUGACGACGAAAUGGAGGGCAUGGACGACGACCAAGACGAUGAAGAAGGCGACGACGACAUGGGCAUGGAGGUGGCUGAUGAGGGUGCAGUGCCCGAUCGCGGCAACAAUGCCUCUCGCAUUAUGCAGGCCCACGCUGAGGCCGUAUUUUGCUUGGCCAUCGACAAGUCCCAGAGGUUCUUCGUCACGGGUGGUCAAGAUGACCUGGCGCUCGUGUGGAGCUUUGAGACUUGGCAGCCAUUGCAAACGCUCAAAGGUCACAAGGACAGCGUGACUGCAGUGGGCUUUUCGCCCGACAGUGCCUAUGUGGCCACCGGAGCCAUGGAUGGCGAAAUCAAAAUUUGGAAUGUCAAUGAUGGCGAGGAAGUUGUCUCGUUUGACUGUGGCGACGAUCUCAAGUGGUUGCAAUGGCAUCCCUCCGCCAAGUUCCUGCUCGCUGGCAAUGCGGCUGGUGCCGUCAUGAUGUGGUCCGUCCCUGGUGGUAGCAUGUCCUACUUCAGUGGUCACACGGAUGCCAUUACAGAAGGCUGCUGGCUGCCAUCUGGGCGUGGAUUUCUCACGACUGCAGAGGAUGGCACGCUCAUCCAGUGGUCGCCAAAGACCCAAGACAUUGUCAGCAAGUAUGAUGGACGAGACAACAUGUUUCAUCAGUGCCCCAUCUCCGCUGUCGCUUGCCAUGAGGACAACACGCUGGUGGCUACUGGUGGCGCCGAGGGAGCCGUUAAGCUGAUCAAUCUGAAAAACAACCGCGUGCUCUUCUCGUUUGAAAACCAUGGCGACAAUGUCGAAACAGUGGCCUUUUCCCAUUCCAAGCCCUCGCUUCUGGCCACCGGUGGCCUCGAUGGCAAAAUCUUCAUCUACACCGUUGACCAUCACGAGCUUCGCCAAACUCUGGAGCAUGAGGGGCCGGUUGUCAAGGUUUUGUGGCAUCCUACGCUGCCGGUGCUGUACUCAUGCUCCGUCGACGGCACCAUUCGCGUGUGGGAUGGCCGUACGGGCGAGCAGUUGCACAUGUGUGUGGGGCACCGCAAUCACGUCCUCGAUUUUGACAUCAGCCGGGACGGUUUUGGUAUUCUUUCCGUCAGCGAGGACACUACCAUCAUGUACUUUCAAAUUCGAUCAUCAGGCAGUCACAGCCGUGCCAACAAGAAUGCAUUUAAGACGAGCACGAUGCGCAAGAGUUGGGCGUCAGUUUCCAGGGAUGUGACGCACACAUGGAAUUUGCGCCGCUUCAUGAAUGCUGGGGGAAACAAGACCCCGACCCCCAACCAACAAACCAAGGUGGUUUGA